AUGCCUGGGUUGAAACUGAAGCCACCGUCGGAAAAAGAGACUUCCUACAUCUACAAAUGGGGAGUCCGCGUUGAAGUUGUCGAGAACGGAAGCCCUGGGUGUCAUUGGAUAUGCUUGGCAGACGAAACCUGCCGACGCCAAGGCACAAAUUUCACGCUUUCCUGCAAUCGGACCUCGAAACCAGCAAGUCACCUCGCGUCAGUCCACAACGUAGUAUCGUUGAGGACGCAGACUCAACAAAAUGAGAAGCGGAAGCGGGAAAAUGAAAUCGAGCGCCUGCGUUCAUCGUCUUUAUUCAAGAAUAACCCGCGCCGAUUUGGGCUGCUCGUGGAAGCACUGCGGAUUAUCAAUAACAACCUUCCCUUUCGGUUUGGUGAGUACAAGGAGUCGCGAAUCGUGGAGGCUCUACUCAAGAAAGAGAACGUACAGACUACUAUCAACGCAGCGAAGGUGACACACGCAAUUAUCGAGCUGUAUUCCUGCGCGAAAUCUGAAAUUGUGUGGAUAGCAAGCUGGGGGCGCUUGGUAGCUUUGUGA